UUCAUUCCUCUCUCUCAUCUUCUUGCAUAUAUAAAGAGAAGAUGAGAUUGGAGAAAAAUAAAAUAGCAAAUCCCUAAAACUGAAUCGGAUUGAGCAACAGCAGCACACACACACUCACGUCUUGUAGAAGAAGAAGAUGGGGUUACAAGGUCAACUCUCCGACGUCUCCUCCGAUUCAAUCCCUCUGAUGCUCGUCGCUCUCCUCGCUACUCUCUUCAAACACGUCCGCUCUUUCUUCCUCCGCUUCUCCGCCUCUAAUCCUCAUCUCUCCGUUGUCGACGAAGCUGCUGCUUCUGCCUCCGUUACUUCAGGACUCGCGAACUUAGCCGUACUCGCAGACCAGCUCAAACUCAACAGACUAUUCUCGUACAGCUACGUUGAUAACGCCGCCUCGGACUGCAUCGUGUGUUUGUCUACGCUAAAGACCGGAGAAGAAGUGAGGAAGCUGGAUUGCAGACACGUGUUCCAUAAACACUGUUUGGAAGGUUGGUUACAACAUCUUAAUUUUAACUGCCCGCUUUGUAGAUCUACGUUGCUUGCCCAUGGCCAUGGAGAAGGUGGACCGAGCUCUCAAGCCACUGCUUCUCAUUGAGUUUCUUUUUUUUUAUGAUAAAAAAAAAAGGAAAGAGAGAAGAAGAGUUUGGGCGUUUUUGAUCUCGUUGCUUUCUCCUCUUUUCUUUUGGGUGUGAUUUUUCGAAAUUCACUUCUUUAUAUAUAUGUUUUCGUUUCUUUUUUUAGGAAUCUCUAAUCCUUUUUUGUUUUUCAAAUUUUCGGACAGUGUGUGUUGAUGUAAAUCUUUAGUAUGAGAAGUGUUGUUAGUCUUUUGCGUUAAGAUUUGUGUCUUGUUAAGAUUUAGGAAAAUUAAAAGCUUUGCA